AUGUCCAGGGAGAAAUACAACUUUGUUCCACAGGACAAUGCGGAGAAAAUUAGAAUACUUCGCCUUGUUUCCUGCAAUGAUACCAAACUGAUGCCAAAUGGAACAUUCCCACUGACAGCUCUAGCAAGUUAUCCAGGUUCUGGAAAUACAUGGGUGAGGCAUCUUAUAGAGACAUCAACCGGGUACGCUACGGGAGACGUUUAUCGAAGCUACAUACUCGUCAAUGCAGGUUUUAUAGGUGAAAGGGUUCCAACCUUCUCUGGGAGAACUUUGACAAUCAAGUCACAUCGUUUUCAUCCUAAAAUGGAUAGUGCUAUUUUAAUUGUACGUAAUCCAUAUCGAGCAAUUGUGGCCGAGUUUAACAGACAGAAAUCGAAUAAGACUGGAUUUGCAAAGGACGGCGUGUUCAAAACAGAAGGAUGGAGUAAUUUUGUCAAGAAUCAAGCCCCAAGAUGGUUUAAGCUCUACGAGAGAUACAUCUUAGAAUGCAACCACUUGGGCCACACCUGCAGGUCGAUGUUAAUCGUGUACUAUGAACAACUCCAACUUCACCUUAAGGAUGAACUGCGACGAAUAUUGAAUUAUCUUAACGUAACGAUUGAUGAAGAAAGACUUACAUGUACAGUAAGAAAUUCAGAGGGACAAUUUCACAGACCAAAGUUGAAUAAAACACUGGAUCUGUUUUCACAGGUAGACAGGAGUCCCGUGGAAGAAUCUUUGAAAAAAUAUCUUGAAUUGAUUAAACAGGAGGGCUUGGAGAAACCACCAUUAGAACUAAGCUCAUUUCCUAAUGAUAUAUAAUUGUAGAACCAAGGCAUUUUAUAGGGUUUUUAUUCCACUAGGGUACAUAGUCUUAAAGGUCAAGUCAAAAUGUUGAUUUGGAUCCAUAGAGAAAAAUCAGACAAGCAUAAUGCUGAAAAUUCCAUCAAAAUCAUGAAAAUCGGAUGUAAAAUAACAAAGUUAUGACAUUUUAAAAUUUCGCUUAUUUUUCACGAAAUAGUUAUAUGCACAAUUUAGUCACAUGCAAAUGAGAGAAUCGAUGAUGUCCCUCACUAACUAUUUCUUUUGUUUUUUUAUUGUUUGGAUUAUACAAUAUUUCUAUUUUACAGAUCUGACAAUAAGCAUGAUAAGGGCCAACUUGACUGAACCAUAAAAUGUUAACCAAUGGUAAUAAAGUUCAGGGAGAAAUAAAACUUUGUUUCACAGGACAAUGAGGAGAAAAUUGAAAUAUUUCUUAUUUCAUGAACUAAUAUACAAAAGAAAUAGUGAGUGAGUGAUGUCAUCAUGCACUUCCCUCAUUUGCAUACUGGCCAGGAUGUGCAGAGUAUACUGUUAUGUGAAAUUAAACGAAACUUAAAAAUGACAUAACUUUGUUAUUUUACAUCCAAUUUUGAUGAAAUUUUCAGUGUUAUGUUUGUUGGAUUUUUCUCUUUUUAUUCAAAUCAACUCUUUGUUGGGGUGGACUUGUCCUUUAACAUCGACAAGUGGUCAUGACCACCCGCGUAGCCAGGAUUUAACUUUGGAGGGGACGAUAAGUGACCGCGAAGCGUGCCAACACAGAGAGGGGGGAGAUACAGUUUAUAAAAUAAUUGAGAAGAGAAAAGGGCAUUCACUUGGUGUGGUUGAAAAAAAAAAUAUGUACGCUCCAAAAGAGGAAAAGUUUUAGGGAAAUUGAAAUGAUUUCUCUAAAACAGUUUAUAAUAUAAUUAAGAGAAAAGGGCAUUCAUUGGGUGGUAUAAAAUGCCUAUCAUGGUCAUAUAUAACAAAACAAUUAUCACAAAAUGGGGCACUUCGAUGGGUAUACAGAGAGAAGAUAUUCCUUCUCGCGAGUAGCGUUCACUGUAAAAAAUGAAGUGCUAAUUUAGCACUUACAGUGCUUGUAUAAUGACUGCACUACGAGUGCUGAUUUUCUAGUUCAAAUUUAAACUAGAAAAUCAGCACUCGUAGUGCAGUCACUAUACGAGCACUUUAAGUGCUAAAAUAGCACUUUAUUUUUACAGUGUUGAACAGAAGGUCAGAAAUGUCGAAAUUUCGAUCUCUGAAACCUUUACCUGCUCUAAUUCAUUUCAUGAUUUCAUUUUUCUUAGAUUAUUAUAAUCGAUUUCGAAGACAAAAGAGCUCAAAAUGGAAAAGGGAUGAUGCACUAAGAGGAAUGUUUCCUUUCCCAUACACGCGAAGAACGAAAACCUCUGUGAUUUGUUUUGAAAAAAACAAAACAACAAAUAGGCCCCUAUGUGUAAUUUCGCUCAUUAUUAGGCGCUUCCUUUGUACGAUGAAGAAAUUUUUAGUGAUAUUCAAAAUUUAGAAUCAAUGACGCAAAACAAGACAUGAGAUGGAAGUACCGCGAUAUGCAAUAAUCUUUAAUCGUAUAUACUUUUUUAAAUAGUACAGCAGGGAUUGUAUGCCUGCCCCUUUGAGCAGAUACUUGCUAAAAAGUGGAAAAUAGCAUAUGAGGACUCGGGGAGUGGCGGCAGUGUUUUCCCGCUUCGACGAGAGUAGUGGAAAUGUUGUGUCAAUGCAAUUAAAAAAGAAAUUACUUUUCAUACUUUGCAUCAAUGUCUGGGAAGACAUCGGUCCCGAUAGCUGGGAGGGAAAAACUGAGUAGAAAAAUGGUGUGAGAAAACAAAAGGAAAGGGCAAUUUUAAGAUUUUUCCCGCGCGGAAGCAAAAUUUUGUGUGGAGAGGUUUUUAUUCUUUUGAAAAAAAUAAGGAGGAAAACAAAGCCAUAUCCUUCUUCCCUUUUUCUAUUUCUAUUUAUUUCUUUCGUUUUGGGCAAGUUGGGGGGGGGGCGUCAUCACAACCCCCUAGCUACGCGCCUGGUCAUGACUAUUAUAGAUAUUGGUGUACCAAGGGAUUUUAUCAGGCAAGGCGAGAUGGACUAGCAGUUUAUGCACACUAUGAUGUAAAUGGGAAUCUAUAUGUCUACAAGCUUUGCUUUUUAAUAGGUUCCUCAUAUUUCACGAUAUUGUAUUUCUUUGUAAAACACUACAACUAUGUAUUUUUUGUCAUCUUCUCAUAAUUAUGUUCAAGAUGUAUGUUUUUGUGGAAUGUGAAACAAUAAAUCAAAUCAAAUCAAAAAUCAAAUAGAGUUAGGCAAGCAAAAAUGCCAUUACGGAUGGUGUGUGACAGCAUCCUAUUAAAAAUAUGUGUAGGCGUAUCGAAGCCAAAUACAAUUAUCACAGGGGCGGCGGAACCGGGUCCUUGCCCCCGGCCAUUCCC